GUGAGCGGCUCCUUCACAAAACCAAAAGAAAUACAGAACUCAAAAACUCCAAAAUCCCUCUCUCUCUCUCUCUCUCUCUCUCUCUCUCCACAAACAACAAUGUCAUCUGACGCUUCCGCUGCUCUUGCAGUGAGGCAGAAGGUUCAGCAGUUUCUGAAUGCCGCUCGCACCGGAAAUCUCGAUCUCUUCAAGAAGCUGGCGGUGCAGCUGGACGAGGAAGGGAAGGGACUGGCGAGAACGGUGGCGGAUGUCAAGGACGCAAACAGACGUGGCGCACUUCACUUCGCUGCCAGAGAGGGGAAGACUGACGUCUGCAAGUUCCUGAUUGAGGACUUGAAGCUCGGCGUCGAUGUCAAGGAUGAUGAUGGUGAGACCCCUCUGCUUCAUGCAGUUCGGCAGGGACAAACAGCCACUGCAAAAUAUCUUCUUGAGCAUGGUGCUGAUCCUGCUGCUUCGAGUGAAUUAGGAACAACACCUCUACACCAUGCCGCUGGCAUAGGAAACACGGAGUUGCUGAGUUUCUUAAUUUCAAAAGGUGUAGAUGUGGAUUCACAAAGUGAUGUGGGCACCCCCCUUAUUUGGGCUGCAGGUCAUGCACAACAAGAUGCUGUCAAGAUUUUAUUAGAACAUCAUGCUAAUGCUAAUGCUGAAACUGAUGAUAAUAUCACUCCGUUGUUGUCAGCUGUAGCAGCUGGUUCAUUGCCAUGCUUGGAGCUGUUAGUUCAGGCAGGCGCUAAUGCAAAUGUUACUGCAGGUGGAGCAACUCCUUUGCAUAUCGCUGCUGAUAGUGGGAACACUGAAAUAAUCAACUGCCUAUUGAAGGCAGGAGCUGAUCCCAAUGCUUGUGAUGAGGAUGGUGUGAAGCCAGUACAAGUUGCCGCCACAAGAGGUCAUCGUCGAGCAGUCGAGAUUCUCUUCCCACUGACUUUUCCUGUUCAAACUAUUCCUGACUGGAGUGUUGAUGGAAUAAUCAACUAUAUGCAAUCUGAAGCAGACAAAGAGCAGCAGGAAGCUGGAAGUUUGAAGAAAGAUGAUGUGUCAAAGAAUACCAACUCACAAAAGGCAGAGCUUGUUGAGGUAACACCUGAGGCGAAGAAGAAAUCUCUAGAGGCAAAAUCAAGAGGAGAAGAGGCCUUCAGAAGAAAGGAUUAUCUCUUGGCAGUAGAUGCUUACACACAGGCAAUUGAUCUUGACCCCAGUGAGGCUACUCUACUAUCCAAUCGAAGCCUUUGUUGGAUACGGUUGGGACAAGCUGACCAUGCCUUAGCAGAUGCCAAGGCUUGCAGAGCCCUAAGACCAGACUGGCCAAAAGCAUACUACAGGGAAGGCGCUGCUUUACGCUUGUUGCAAAGAUUUGAUGAAGCAGCAAAUGCAUUUUAUGAGGGCGUAAAGCUUGAUCCUGAAAACAAGGAACUUGUAAAUGCUUUCAGGGAAGCUGUUGAAGCUGGGAGGAAAUUUCAUGGCACAGACCAGCAAAAGUCAUAGGAGUUAAUGAUUUUCUUAGUGGGCAGGCCCGGCUUGCGAAUCAAAAGCACAACUAUGAAAGAGCACAUCAAUUUUUCUCCCAUGUGAAAUAUUGCAAAUUUUAUUCUGUUUUAUGUUAUUGAAACGCCUUUACAAGUCUUCAAAAUGGGUAUGUAUAUAUAGAAAUACCCCUUUUAUUUGAGGAAAAGGAGAAGGAAAAGAACGAAAAGGGAAAACUCGGAGGAACAUUUAGACAUGCUUUUGCUUUUGCUUUUGUGAAUGGUUGGUAAUUUUUCAGCAGACAGUAGGAGUGAAACCUACAGUCAAAUUUUUA